UAUACAUAAGCAUGGGCACCCAAACAGUGGCCAAAAUUCCAGUGGUAGAUUUCUCCGACGAAGACUGCUUAAAGCCGGGGACGAGUUCUUGGCUCUCUAUAAGCAAAAGCAUCUGCCAUGCACUUGAAGAGCUAGGCUGUUUCGUCGCAAUACUGCCCGGCAAAGUUUCUCCGGAGCUUCACAACACCUUCUUUGGUACGUUGGGCGAGUUGUUUGAUUUCCCCACUGAAAUCAAAGUGCAAUGUUCUUUUGAAAAGCCCUACCCCAGUGGCUACAUAACCUCAAAUGCCGCCAGCGAAGGCUUGGGGAUUGGCUAUGCUACAAACCCUGAAGACACUCGGAGAUUCACACAUCAUUUUUGGCCCGAGGGACAUGAUUCAUUUCGUGAGGGUGCUGAUUGGUAUGCAAAAGUGAUGGAAGAGCUAGAUCAAGUUGUGACAAGAAUGGUGUUCGAAAACUAUGGUGUAGAGAAGUACCAUGAUGAUCACAUCCAAUCCAUCGUUCACACGUACCGAUUUAAUCAAUACAAAGAAUUUGACAAAACUGGAAUUGAUGAGGGUCUACCCGCCCAUACAGACAAGACCUUUAGUACCAUACUCUAUCAAAAUCAUGUCAAAGGUCUGGAAAUAUAUUCAAAGGACAAUGAGUGGAUAGGUGUUGAUCCUCUACCUUCAUCCGCAGGUGAUGGAUUCCAGGUUUGGAGCAACGACAGAGUACGAGCUUGUAAGCAUCGAGUGACCUUGAGGGAGAAUGAUGUACGAUACUCGUUUGGACUAUUUUCAUACAGAGAAGGAGAAACACACGUACCCAAGGAGCUUGUGGACAAAGACCCCCCCCUACAGUACAAGGCAUUGCAUCAGUUCGAAUAUUUACAAUAUUUUAAAAAGAAUUACUCCACCCUUGGACCUUUGUAUUCCAUCAAGGAAUAUUGUGGUGUUUGAUAUAUUUCUCUGCUCCAAAGGCUCCGAGCCGACAUUUAUCUCUCUCUUAGUUUUUGGUUUUUGUUAAUUUGCA